GUUUAAACGGCUGCUGUGGGCUCGGAGGCUUCAGGCAGGAACCACAGGAGGACAUUCCGGGUGCAGGGUGUAAACACACGGCUUGUACAGAGGUCGGACGUUUAUGUGCUGAGAAGGAUGGAGCUACGAUUCUCCACAACUUCGCAUUACCGUGUUUUAGUGUGCUGCUUUUCGAUAUGCGCCAUCCUUGGAACGUACCCAGCUGCUGCUAUAGAAGUCUACACCUCUUCUGAGCUGUUUGUAGAGAACGGAACCACUGGGACGCUUAAGUGUUGGUUCAAGUCCACUGAAGUGAUCAGCAGUCAAGCAUCAGUAUCGUGGUCCUUCAUCCCUGAGGGAUCUCCAGAAGCCACUGGCGUAGCUAUUUUCUACUACUCGGGUGGAAAAGCUUUCCCAGAUAGCCCUCAGUUCAAGGCCAGGGUGGAAUGGGCAGGCGAUUUGAACAAAAAAGACGCGUCUAUCCGCGUCACUCAGAUGCAGUUCUUCGACAACGGAACUUACUCCUGUGACGUAAAGAACCCUCCAGAUAUAAGUGGUAAACCUUCACUGACUAAACUCAGGGUCGUCAUGAAAGAAGCACUCCCUCAGACCAGCCCAGCAGUCAUAGUGGGCGCAGUCAUCGGUGCAAUCAUUGGAGUCAUCAUCAUCGCUUUUGUUGCAUAUCUGCUAAUAAGAUUAUUACCGUCCAAUCAUGAUUAUGAAGGCUGCACCUCGAUAGAGAGUGUAAGCACGCAGCCGGCUCGGCCGGGGAAGAAAGCUGAGUCCAGCACGGAGGGCUCACGCUGUAGCAGCCCCUCAGCCCCUGUACAGGUACGAGUGUGAGUGGUGACAGGGGAGGGGUGUAUGAAUGAGAGAGAGAGAGAGAAUCUGAAUGCAUGGCUGGGUUGGAUUGGUAGGACUGUACAAUAUGCCAGCACUUGAUUUAUCACAAGAAAAGUCUGCUGUAUGAUGUAGCAAAAGCAUACAGUGACAGGCAUUCACCCAGUCCCAAGAAAUAUCAGGAGGGUUUUGCGGGUCUUAAGUGUUUUGCCAUAUCAUUUGCAGCAGUGUCAUUUUGUGUUUUGUGCAUUUUGUGCAUUUUGUGCAGUCCAUGUGUGUUUGUUUGCGUACGUGCGCAAGUCCCCCACACUGCCCUGUGUGCAGCGUGUGCUGGAGCUUGAGUAAAGUGCCAUUUUGUUGUUGUACAUGUUUUUCCCCCACCUACAGAGAUGAGUUACAACAUGCCAGUGGUAAGGUCCAACAACAAACAGACAUUUCUGCUGUUACAGUAUUACAGGCAGUUUUGAAUAAGAAGCUUUCAUAAAUGUCUCAGUUUUCAUGUAUGGAUGUUUCUGCAAUUACAGGCCUGUUUAGGUCCUGGCAGCUCAUUUUGGAGAAUACAGUCGUUUUGAGUGGUUAAAUUUAUUUUUUUUUAAGUGAAAGAGGAAACAAAACCUAAUUCCGGACACCUUUCUGGUUCUCUAACUGAAUAGAACUGGUUAGACGGGUCAAGAAUCGUCAUUAGAAGUUUCGGUUGAUCUCAAUUCCAGAGCGUAAUACGUUUUCUGAUUUUCUCACAUUCAACAAACAGAGGACCCUCUAAGCAGUUGGCUGAGGAGCUUAAAAUGAACUGAUACCUUAUGCAGUGCCCCUCACUUGAUCUAGUAGAUCUUAAACUAUAAGCAUCUGCAAAGUUCCUCAAAUAUAAAGUAACUCUCCAUUAACAUUUAGAUUUGAUAUAAUAAUUUGCUACAUUUAUUUUUUUUUAUUUCGUCUGACAAAAUAUGUUGGCCAUGGGUUCCCAGACCUUUGCUUGCAACUGUGGUGGAGGCAAAGAGCACCUGGAAAAAAUUGAGGGAAAGCUAAUUUUGUAUUCACAGUAUUUGUUUCAUAUUUCCUACCCUUGGCUCUUAUGAAUGUGUUUUGAGUUAGAUUUUAAAGCAGUUUAAUGUUUAAGCUAGAUUUGGAUAUAUUAGAAGUUAUCAGUAGUGACAGGCCGUGUUAUUUGCCUAUAAAAACAGUGAAAAUAUCUGUACUGUGACGUCCACAGCCGAGAUUCGCUGUGAAGACCAUUAAAUGCAGUUUGAGUUUGGUUAUCUUCUUUACGGAUUCUGGGAUUUGAGAGAUAUUUUAGGACAAUUUGGAUAACUAGAACUGGCAGUAGUUGCUGAAACACCCAUAGAUGUAUCUAAACCAGCCUCUUCAUUAAGUACACCUACCUUGUAUCUACACCUACUAUCUAGGUGCACUUUCUGUAGUUCAUCUGUUUCUCUGAUACUUUAUUAGCCCUGUUUUACCCUGUUCUUUAAUGGUCAGGACCACCACAGAGCAGGUACUGGGUGGUGGAUCAUUCCCAGCACUGCAGUAACCCUGACCCACGUCAGGUGGUUGUGGUGUGUUAGUGUGUUGUGCUGGUAUGAGUAGAUCAGAACACUGUGCUCUUGUCAUCCACUCGUACCUUGUUGGUCCAGCUUAAAGAUGUAAAGUCAGAGACGACAGCUCAUCUGCUGCUGCAGUUUGUGUUGGUCAUCCUCUAGUCCUUCAUCAGUGGUCACAGGACGCUGUUGGCUGGAUGUUUUUGGUUGGUGGACGGUUCUCAGUCCAGCAGUGAUUCUGAGAUGUUUAAAAACUCCAGCUGUGUCUGAUCUACUUGUGCCAUCACGCUAACAUGCAGUCACCACGUCAGUGUUACUGCAGCGCUGAGAAUGACCCACUGCCCAAAUAUGCUCUUUGGGGGUCCUGACCGCUUAAGAGCACAAUAAAAAGGGGCAAAAAAAAA